CCUAACCCAACUCAAACUUAGUUGCUCUCUCUACAGUCUAUGCUCCUAUCCGCUCACAAAUUCCUCUACUCUACUGUUUUCUCCCAAUUUUCCCUCAAUUCUUCAUCUCCAGUCUCAUUAUAUUCACUCUUUCUGCGCCGUUUCUCAUCUUUUCAUGUCUUCAAUCGACCUCUCGCUCUCUCAUGUUCUAUAUCCAACUAGGCCACAAACCCUAGUUUUUGACUCAUCUAUACGAUUAUAUCCCCAUAUAUCUACAUUCGGAUCGAGGGUUUCGCGUUUGAAUAUUCGAUUCUCUUGCACAAAAUGAGUGAUUCUAAGCAGUUACUACUGUUUGGUUCAUUUACUGAAGAUGAAACCAGGUCAUUGCUAAGGCUGCCAUCUGGGAAUGCUGAAAAGCCUGCAGCAAAGAAAGAGUUGCAAUUUGGUUCAGUUGAUUUUGUGACUGGUAGAGCUUUGGCUAGUGUUGGCAAUGAAUUGUGCAGACAGGCUGAUUCUUCAAAAGGGCCAAUAGAUUUCUGUUCCUCAAAUUUGCUUAAGAAGGAUGACGAAACCAAAAGUGUAGAUGGAGUAAAUAAACUCUCUUCAGAAGCCGCUGGAACUCCUAAAGAAAAUGGUGGAGUUCACGAUUUUACACACAGCUCUCCACUCGGUAAUGGUGUUGUGAAUGAACUGAACCCAUCUGGGUUCAACUUAGAUUCUUUGUGUCUAUCCCAGAAUAAAGAACAUCUGAAUCAAUUUCAGAGUCUGGAAUCGCAUGUUGUUGAGGAAGGAUGCUCAAAGGAAAGAGAUCUGAAUGGGACUAUUGAUGAUUCAUCAACAUUUGUGCCUCUCAAAAAGGAGAUCUUGAAGGCACCUAAUGGACCUGCUCCAGCUGUUAAAAACUUACUGCCUCGGGGUUUAAUUAACUCGGGAAACUUAUGCUUUCUCAAUGCAACUUUACAGGCACUUUUAUCAUGUACUCCUUUUAUUCAGCUAUUGCAGGAACUAAGGAUUCGCGACAUCCCCAAGGUUGGCUAUCCGACAUUAACUGCAUUUGCAGAGUUUGUCUCUGAAUUUGACAUGCCCACUGAUUUGAGUUUAAAGAAGAAGGAUUUGAAUGGCGUUGAGACUGGAAGGCCUUUCAGCCCUGCUAUGUUCGAAGGUGUUCUUAAAAAUUUUACCCCAGAUGUGCCAAAUAAGAUAUCAGGCAGGCCAAGGCAGGAAGAUGCUCAGGAGUUUUUAAGCUUUGUUAUGGAUCAAAUGCACGAUGAAUUACUUAAACUUGAAGGGUUCUUUUCAAAUUUAAAUGGGGGGAAAUCAUCACUAGUUUCUUCUGCAGAAGAUGAUGAAUGGGAGACAGUUGGCCCAAAGAACAAAUCUGCAGUGACAAGAACACAGAGUUUUGUUCCUUCAGAACUAAGUAAAAUUUUUGGAGGACAAUUGAGAAGUGUUGUGAAGGCAAGAGGAAACAAAGCUUCUGCUACUGUUCAGCCAUUUCUCCUGCUCCACCUUGAUAUUCUUCCUGAGGCUAUCUAUACUAUUGAGGAUGCACUUCGCUUGUUUUCUGCGCCGGAGACUCUUGAGGGUUACCGAACAUCAGGAACUGGCAAGGCUGGGCUUGUGACUGCCAGCAAAUCUGUAAAGAUUCAGAAACUUUCCGAGAUAAUGAUAUUGCACCUGAUGCGAUUUUAUUAUGAUGAAAAUCAAGGCAGUACCAAGUUGCAUAAGCCUGUGACCUUUCCUCUUGAAUUGGUCUUGGGCCGUGAAUUGCUUGUCUCUCCAACUACUGAGGGCCGAAAGUAUGAACUCGUUGCCACAAUUACUCACCAUGGGAGAGAUCCUUCGAAGGGGCAUUAUACCACUGAUGCUCGUCACCAUGGUGGGCACUGGCUAAGGUUUGAUGAUUCAGCUGUCAAUGUCGUUAGCACAAGCAAGGUGUUGCAUGAGCACCCUUAUGUCCUCUUCUACAAGCAAGUAUAGAGAAUAUAACUAAUGAGUUUUGCCCUCAAUAACCCCCCUGUACAAAAAGAGAAGUUUGUCACUGCCAAGUAAAUUAUGGAAAUGAUUUGACUUGAUUAUCACUUAUCAGCUAGUCCAGGUCCAGGACAGUCGUGAGUCCAUGGGUCGGUCGAAGCCCUCGUAUGGUGAAACCUGUGAAAAUGCUUUAAUAUUUUUCCAGCGAGGGUGCUAAGAUAGGUGUGGUUGUAGACUUUAGUUAUUCUUCUAGCUUUCUACCAAGGAAGCAGCUGUUAUGAAAAUUUUUGGAUGAGGAUGUGAAAAUGUAUUGAAGUUCUUGUUAUUCUUUAUAACCUAAUUAAGAUGUUGUUUCAUGUUAUGUCAUUCCCUUUUGUU